AUGUAUAAGGCAUAUUGUCAUGAACAUUGCUUCAAAAUAAUAUUUCUUCUAGCAAUAAUAUAUCUAGCAAAUUGUGAAAGAUCAAGUGGCUUAUACAUAGAUAAUGGAUUCAACCAAACAAUUCUACAUAAAAUUGCUAGUAAUGAGCAAAGGCGAGACAUGGAGCGUAAAUUGUUAAAUAUUCUAGAAUUACCUGAUAGUCCAAGGAGAACUGUACGCCGAUCUUUAAUGGUGAAAAGAUCGGCACCAAAAUUUUUGUUAAACAUUUAUAAGAACAUUUUAUCAAAUGGUACAGAUAUAUCAAUUCAAGAAGAAUAUGGGAGUGUAGAAGAAUUCGAUUUAAGUGGUCGCGAUAUUAGUAUAAUUGAACAAAGUGAUUUAAUUAUGACAUUUGGUGCUCAUAAUCCACACUCAGGCAAUGCAUCUAAAACUAAUCGUGGCAAAAGAAUUUGGUUUGAUGUAUCAGAAGUGCCGAGAGGAGAGCAUAUUAUUACAGCUGAAUUGCGACUAUAUCAAAGUUUGGAUAAAAGUGUUAAAUUUAAUAAAGCUUAUACCAUAGCAAUAUAUAGGGUGGCUCGAACGAAAGAUGGAGGACGAAUUAAGCAUUACAUUGAUUCAGUUAAUACUACAAUAGGUACAGAAGGCUGGAUAGCACUAAAUAUAAGUGAAGCUCUUGAACAUUGGGUUAAAUAUCCAAAAGAAAACCGAGGUUUAUUUUUAGCUGUGCAUCAUGCUGAUUAUACAGGUCACAUUAUAAGACCUGAUGAUAUAGGAAUUAUAGGUGUUUUAGGAAUUCCAGAUAAACAACCAUUUAUGGUAGGGUUUUUUAAAACUUCUGCUAAUUAUAGUAAACGCAAAAUAUUACAUAAACAAAAAAGAGAUGUUGAACGUGAAAAACUACAUUUUAAUAGUGUAAAUAUUCAAAAUAAUCCCUAUGUUAAUACUGUAACAAAAAAAAGAAGGGAAAAUGUAUGCAAUAUUAAAACACUGUAUAUAAGUUUUAAAGAUCUUCAAUGGCAGGAUUGGAUCAUAGCUCCAGAAGGAUAUGAUGCUUAUUAUUGUAGUGGAGAUUGUAAUUUUCCAUUAAACAUUCAUAUGAAUGCAACCAAUCAUGCCAUUGUACAAACUUUAGUACACCUUAUGAAACCACAUGAAAUACCAAAACCAUGUUGUGCACCUACAAAACUAUCACCAAUAUCAGUACUAUAUUUUCUUGAUGAUAGCAAUGUUGUCUUAAAAAAAUAUAAAAACAUGGUUAUUGAUAGCUGUGGUUGUCUUUAA